AUGAAGCGGAAGCUCAACGAAAACGACGUGCCCACCUCGGCUGAGCCCGAAGCCGACCAACAGAUGGCCAACGCCGAGACCACGACAACAACGGCGACACCAGAGGAAGAGGCGACGUUUGCAGACCUCGGACUGGAUGCCAGGCUGGUGCAGGCCGUUGCGCAGCAGAAAUUCUUGAAGCCGACGCUGGUCCAGCGAAAGGCCAUUCCAUUGGCGCUGGACGGCAAGGAUGUGCUGUGCAAGGCGAAGACGGGGUCUGGCAAGACAGCGGCGUAUGUGCUGCCUGUGCUGGCUGGCAUUUUGAAGAAGAAGAGUGUUGAUUCUACCGCUGCCACGACGGCCUUGAUAUUGGUUCCUACUCGAGAGCUUGCCGACCAAGUCUUCAAGUCGAUUGAACUGUUUUCCGCCUUUUGCGCAAAGGAUGUCCGGGCUGUCAAGCUGACGGAUAAACUCACCGACGCAGUGCAGCGGUCCCUGCUAUCGACGUGCCCGGACAUUGUCAUCUCCACGCCUGCACGAGCAUGGCACAACGUCAAUGGCAAUUCGUCGGCACUGGCUCUGGAUAAGCUGUCCUAUCUGGUUCUGGACGAGGCGGAUCUUCUCUUGUCGUACGGAUAUAGCGAGGACCUGGAGAGCCUGUCGUGGUCUAUUCCAAAGGGCAUUCAGACCAUUAUGAUGAGCGCUACGCUGACGACUGAGGUGGACUCUUUGAAGAAGAUUUUCUACCGCGACCAGCAGCCUACGCUGUUGGAUCUGGAGGAGCCGGAUGCUGAGGGCGAGGGAGUGACGCAGCUGGUGACCAAGUGUGGCGAGGACGAAAAGUUUCUGUUGAUCUACGUCAUCUUUAAGCUGCAGCUGGUAAAGGGCAAGUGCAUCAUUUUCGUCGCCGAUAUCGACCGAUGCUACCGCCUGAAGCUCUAUUUCGAGCAGUUUGGCAUCCGAAGCUGUAUCUUGAACUCGGAGCUGCCCGUGAACUCGAGAAUCCACGUGGUGGAAGAGUUCAACCGCAACGUCUACGACAUCAUCAUCGCCUCUGACGAGAAGGAGGUUCUUGGCAACGAAGAGAAGGCUGAAGAGGAGCAGGAGGAGGAAGAAAAUGAGGGCGAGUCAAAAGAAGAGUCUCGACCCAAGAAGAAGCGGAAGGCUGCCAAGGGAGACGUGGAAUAUGGCGUGUCUCGAGGCAUUGAUUUCAAAAACGUCGCUGCCGUCAUCAACUUUGACCUCCCCACAUCUGCGUCAUCUUACACACACAGAAUAGGCCGUACGGCACGAGCCGGACGAGCGGGCAUGGCACUGUCAUUCGUCGUUCCCCAGGAUCUCUACCGCAAACACAUCCACACAUCCAUUGCCAGCUCGGAGAAGGACGAGAAGAUUUUGGCGAGAAUCACGAAGCAGCAGGCAAAGAAGGGCAAGGAGAUAAAGCCAUACAACUUCAACAAGGACCAGGUCGACGCCUUCAGAUACCGUAUGAACGAUGCGCUGCGUGCGGUGACCAAGGUGGCCAUCCGAGAGGCGCGAACGAGAGAGCUGCGUCAGGAGCUGCUGAAGAGCGAGAAGCUCAAGAGAUACUUUGAGGAGAACCCGUCGGAGAUGAACCACCUUCGCCACGAUGGAGAAUUGAGAACGGCUAGACAACAGGCUCAUCUGAAGCACGUGCCGGACUAUCUCCUGCCCAAGGAAGGACGGCAGGCGCUGACGGCGGGAGACAUUGGGUUUGUGCCGCUCAAGAAGUUUGAUAGGCGCGCGGGGACGAAGCGGAAGGGCGGGAAGCGGAGCGCAAAGGCUGGGGUGCGCAAGGGUGAUCCCUUGAAGACGUUUAAGGCGAGACGGAAGACAAAAUGA